AUGAGGGAUACGUUAAUCAAUUUAGCAAUUAUCUUUUGUUGUCUUCAAGCGACAUUGAUAUUUGCUGAGCAUCAAGUUGAAUUACAUCCUGUUUAUAGCGUAUCAAACCAACAUGCCGGAUAUACUGCAAAGGUGACGAUCGGUGAACCGAAAAAAGAAUUCUGUCUGCUUUUGGAUAUUGGUUCCAGUUUUCUUUGGGUACUUCAUCCUUCAUUUUAUUUAUCUUUCCCAAAUGGCACAUGGGAAUUUAUGAGGAAAAUGCACGCUUACGCAUAUUACGAUUCUCAAACCUGUGGUAAAACUAAUCAAAUUUUCCUAGAUCAAACCUACGGUUCCAGGAAAGUUUCACUGAUCCAAUUUACGGAUAAUAUUUCGUUUAAUUCAUUAAAUGGAACACGCGUAGAUUUCCCAAGUUCUCCAUUCUGUGUAACAAAGAUUUUGCAAUGGCCCAAAUUUGAUUAUCAAAAAAUGGACGGUGUGCUCGGUUUAUCGACGUUACAUGUUUUUGGCUCUCCAUUUGGAGUUUCCACCCAGUCUUUCUCCGGCCUAUACAUUUUGGAUAAUCCGAUAAGGAGGGCUAUUCGGAAUUAUCAACUGCAUCCUGUUAUUACCAUUGCACUGCCACCAUUGGAUUCUAAGAAGAAAGCGAUGUUAACGUUUGGUGGACGUAAUAACCAAUCAUGCGAUUUGAAUUAUGAAACCACUGAACCGCUUCGUUUGAAGUAUGAAGCCACUGAAUUGCUUCGUUUAAACUAUGAUUCCAAUAGACUGAUUCGUUUGAUCUGUGAAACCGCUGAACCGCUUCGUUUGUCUAAUUUCAUUUAUUCCUUCGUAAAGUCUAAACAAUCCGCAAAUCAUUAUGAAUUCAAAUAUAACUCCAUCAAAAUGGGCAACGCGACGUCUUCUAUUAAGUCAUUUGCUUAUCCGAAUACUAUUGAGCCAUAUAUCGGUGUUCCUGAUGAAUUUCUUCGUAAAAUUGUUGAGAAUCUCAAUGCAACGAAUGUUUCAAAGACGGAAGAAAAAUAUAUGGUGCGCUGUAAGCAACCUUUCGAACCAUUCGAGAUAUCCACCCGUGAUAACAAAUACGUUGUUGCGCCGGAACAUUUUAUUAUAAAACAUAACCCGGACGAUAUAUUAUGCGAACUUGCGUUCAGAAAGAGUGAAAGAAUUAUUUACGAUUUACAUGUGGCCGGAAAACUAGUCGAACUAUAUGAAGGUAAUGAUCCAAACACAGUUAUGCUUGGAAUACCAUUCUUCCAUCAAUAUUGCAUUACGUUGAAUCCACGUGAUUAUGUUAUUAAUUUCGCACCGAUAAUUUAA